CAUUCCUCAACACAUUCGUAAAAAAAAAUAUCUCAAAUCCCACAACAAAAAAUGACAAAGCACAUGAACUCCACAACGUUCUUUCUCUCAUUCCUCCUCUGCGUUUCCUUCAUCUCUUGUUUUCACCCCGCAACUUCCCGAACGAUCACAAACAACCCCUUCUCUCCCUCUGCGAAUUCACCCAAGCUUAUGGCGGAGAAGCUUAUCAAAUCCUUCAAUUUGAUGCCUGAGCGUGAUGUUAACAUCGUCCCGGAAGACGUAGCCCAAUCUCUGAGGCUCGUGGAGAGAGAAAUCGAUUUUCCGGCGACUUUUGCUGGAGAAUCCGCCGCCGAUGUCCCGACGGUGAAGGAGUACGGUCACCAUGCUGGCUACUACAAACUCCCACACUCAAAGGCCGCAAGGAUGUUCUAUUUGUUCUUCGAGUCCCGGAGCAACAAAACAGAUCCUGUGGUGAUUUGGCUAACCGGCGGGCCCGGUUGCAGCAGCCAACUCGCUCUGUUCUACGAGAACGGACCGUUCAAUAUCUCGAAAAACUUGUCUCUUUCUUGGAACGACUUUGGUUGGGACAAGGCCUCCAAUCUGAUCUACGUGGACCAACCGGUCGGGACCGGUUUUAGCUUCACCUCGGAUGACAGUGAUCUCCGACACGACGAGGAUGGUGUGAGCAAUGACUUGUACGAUUUUUUACAGGCUUUCUUUAAAGAGCAUCCGCAAUUCGCGAAAAACGACUUCUACAUAACCGGAGAAUCUUACGCCGGGCAUUAUAUACCGGCAUUGGCAUCUAGGGUUCACCAUGGAAACAAGAACAAAGAAGGAAUUCAUAUCAAUCUCAAGGGUUUUGCGAUCGGUAACGGCUUAACCAAUCCCGAGGUGCAAUACGGUGCGUACCCCGAUUACGCUCUUGAUAUGAAGUUGAUUACAGAAUCCGAUCACGAAUCCAUCAAGAAACUAUACCCUGAUUGUCAACGAGCUACUAAAGAAUGUAAUACCGAUGGUGGCGAUGCUUGUGCCAAUGCUUACUAUGUCUGCAACGAAAUCUUCGACAAUAUCUUAGGAAUCGCGGGAAGUGUAAAUUAUUACGAUGUGAGGAAACAAUGCCAAGGAAACUUGUGCUACGAUUUCUCGAGCAUGGAGACGUUCUUGAACCAGAAAUCGGUAAGGAGCACCUUGGGAGUGGGAGAUAUCGAGUUCGUGUCGUGCAGUUCGACGGUUUAUGAUGCAAUGCGGAAUGAUUGGAUGCGAAAUCUCGAGGUCGUGAUCCCGGAACUUCUCGAAGACGGCAUCGAGCUCCUCGUUUACGCCGGAGAAUAUGAUCUUAUCUGCAAUUGGCUCGGAAACUCGAAAUGGGCUCACCAGAUGGAAUGGUCCGGGCAGAAAGGUUUUGGUUCGGCUAAGAUGAUUCCGUUUCUGGUAGACGGUACAGAGGCCGGUUUAAUGAAGAACCAUGGUCCACUCACUUUCCUCAAGGUUCACGACGCAGGACACAUGGUUCCGAUGGAUCAACCAAAGGCUUCAUUGCAAAUGCUGCAGAAUUGGAUGCAAGGAAAACUCGGUACGACCCAAGGCCGAACCGCUCCACAGUAACUAAAUACCGUACCGAACUGGAGAUUUUUAUAUCUUAAUAUAUGUUAAAAUAAUAAUUUUCGUUUCGAAUAUAAGUAAUUUAUUUUAAUUUUGUUUAAUUUAAUGUUCAAGUCGCUGUGAUUAUGUAAAGAAAAAAUUACUUCUCAAAACUCAAAAGUUUGGUUAGUUUUUUUUUACA